AUGGCGGACCCCUUCUUUCUCGCUCCGGCUGAUCAACCAAGCUUGGUGUUAGUAACACAACAACUUACGGAGGAGAACUAUCAGUCUUGGAGCCGUGCCAUGAAGAAAGCCCUAAAUGCGAAACGCAAACUUGGUUUCGUUACUGAAACUAUUGCUACCUCGCUAGUGUAUGGUGAUUCUGCUGAAGAGUUUUGGAAUGAUCUUAAAGAAAGAUUCCAACAUGGAAAUGGCCCUCGAAUUUUCGAAAUCAAAAGGGAAUUGAUGAAUUUACGUCAGGGUGCCCUAACAGUCUCACAAUACUUCACAAAGAUCAAGGUCCUUUGGGAGGAAUUGAACUCUUAUCGCCCAGUCCAAUGCAAUUGUGGAGAUGCUAAACCGCUUCAAGAAUUCUUGCAAGCUGAGUAUGUGCACUGCUUUCUCAUGGGUUUGGACGAUUCUUUCAUGCAAAUCAGAGGCCAGAUCUUGAUUAUGGAGCCCUUACCUGCAAUAAACAAAGUUCUGUCCUUAGUGGUUCAAGAAGAGAAACACCACUCUUUGGGGAGUUCAUCAGUCUCGAAUCAACUUGCCUUCUUAGUAAGAAACCAGAACAUACCAAAUCCCUCAGGGAAAGGAAGGGGAUUCACAAAGAAGGAUAGACCUUUGUGCUCACACUGUGGAUUGCUUGGACACACAGUGGACAAAUAUUACAAAAUACAUGGUUAUCCACCAAGCUAUGGCAAAGGCAGAGGAACUAGACAAUCUGCGCACAAUAUUACUGAUAAUGUCACUGAGGCACAGUGUCCAGAAUCCAAUUCAAGCCUGACUUUGAAUGCAACUCAGAUCCAGCAGUUAAUGAACUUGUUGAAUAGUCACAAGAUUCAAGAAAUACCAGCAAAUGCAACAACUGAAGUGUCUACUCCAGCAGGUAUUGUCCUCAACACCUCAAUCUCAAAAUCAAAACUAUCAAAACAUGAUUGGAUUCUUGAUAGUGGAGCCACUAUCCAUAUUGCUUGUGAUCUGUCCCUUUUUCAUUCAGUUCACACAUCUUAG